AAAACACACACCACUUCAACAUAAGUCUAGGUACCUUCCAAAUCACCACGAUGUACUUAAUCGUUGCGCUUCUUGCGUGGCAGUGACGCUAACGAUAUUACCACCUUGAAACUCCUCCCAACAGUUCGGAGGAGAACUCUCUCACCCACAUUUUGAAGAGGAACAAAAAAAGAUCUGACAGCAGUUACUGCCCUCCAUCCACAUUCUCCGGGAGAGUCACGGGAUUUCAAUGUUCAGCCUGCUCUUUUAUUUCUGUGUUGAAUUGGGCCAUCCAUAUAUGGCGUAUGUGAGCGUCAGUGGAGACUUCUGCCAGGCACAGCACCUCGCCUUUGUGGACAAGUGAAUCGUCCGCCCCCCUCGGGACUACGCUACCCAGAAACCCCCCUGAAGCCAGCACCCUGGGAAACCCUGCCUUCUCUCAACGGUCCCCUGGGAUACUGCGUAGUCCUUGGACAGAUUGCCCAGCUCUGAUCCCCGUGCCGCCAAUAAGAAAACUGCCUAGUUCUCUUCUAGUUCCUGCUUUCUCUCCCAGCAGCCAAUCACAUACCGCUCUCCUGAAUGGGCCGUCUUGCCAACAUGAACCGCCCUGCAGCCGUGGAGAUUGCCUAUGAUUGCAUGAGGUUUCUCAUCACCCACAACCCCACCAACGCCACGCUCAACAAAUUCACAGAGGAACUGAAGAAGUUCGAGGUGAACACGUUGGUAAGAGUGUGUGAUGCCACUUACGACAAGGCCCCAGUGGAGAAGGAGGGAAUACAAGUUGUGGACUGGCCCUUUGAUGAUGGCGCCCCACCCCCCACCCAGAUUGUGGAUGACUGGCUGAAUCUGCUGAAGACCAAGUUCAGAGACGAGCCUGGCUGCUGCAUCGCCGUUCACUGUGUGGCGGGGCUGGGCCGAGCUCCAGUCCUGGUGGCCUUAGCACUGAUUGAAACUGGGAUGAAGUAUGAGGAUGCUGUUCAGUUCAUACGACAGAAAAGACGUGGCGCAUUCAACUCCAAACAGCUUCUUUACCUCGAGAAAUACAGACCCAAGAUGCGCCUGCGGUUCAAGGAUGCCAAUGGCCAUAACUGCUGCAUCCAGUAAAGUCUGUCUGUGCCGCGUUUCCAUCAAAAACAGCAGCAGCAUAUAGUGGGGCGAACAUGAUUCCAACCAAGGGGAGAUAAAGCAACAACGAGAGAAAGCUAUCAGUAAUUAUUAUGAUGAUUUUUUUUAACACAGACACGGCUAAUCGAUGAAGUAACAAGCAGUUGAUUGGAAUGAAUGCAGAUCUAGGGGUCCAACCAGCCGAACCAAUGAACGUGGUCAAAGGUCAAAGCACACAAUGGCCCGCCUCCCAUUUACGUGUCCACCCCCCCACCCCCCCACCCCCCGAUACUUAAGUACAUCCUCCUUUUUACAUUUAAUCAUGGAAUAGCUUUUCCUCUUUAAACAUGUGAAUGAAAGUUUAACAAUGGUGACGAUAAAUCAACAUGUAAGGGUAUCAAUAUGAUUGGUUCGUAUUUUGUUUUCUUAUUAAUGAUAAUUAUGCAUUUGCCCAUGGUUUAUGUACCCUUUUAAAAAAAUAUUUCUCUUCAGCGCAACAAUGUUUUGCUGUUUGAAUGAAGAACUUAAAAUGGCAUUCCAUUUGUGUUUUUGAGGUAUCUUUGCACAACAGAAAAUCUUCCACUUCCAAAAGUUCCACUGAAAAUGCAGUAAUGUUUUUCUCUCCCCCCCACUUGCUUGGAGUCACUUUUUAAUUGCUAGGUUGGCUGGCUUUUAAAUAUGUCCACUGUAUUUAUUCACUGGCUAUAACAAGCAAGGAAGUCUGGAGUUUGGUUGGGGCAAGGACACUGUCUUUUUCUCCUUUUUUUUUCUAGAGCCAUGUCGGUUUCACUUUUUUUUUUUUAAUUAUUAUUAUUUUUUGGAAACAUCUUGCGGGAGUGCAAUAUUCAGUCCACCUCAGAAAAGCCCCCAAACCCCCUUAUGACCGUCCUAUAUACAAACACACACAAACACGCGCGCGCACACAGCCAGUUUCACAGGAAGACACUUGGCUAGUCUUACUGUGGGUACUUCUUUUCCAUUCACUAAGGCUGUUUCCUGGGUUUACAAUAGGACGUCCCUACAGUGACUGCGCUGUCAUAUGCGCUCACACUGAUUCCAACUGUUAAUUCCUACUCUCUAAAGGGAAUGGGUUGGAAAAGAAAGCAAAUGGCCAGUUUUUUAAUCAUUGUACCCGUUUUGAAGACAUCCCCAAUUCUUAUUAGUUUUAAAAGAUAAAUAAAGACGUUUAAAUAAGA